UCUACCGAGUUACUGGUGAGAUGCAAUAUUAGAUUUAAUAGAAAAUAAUAAUUUUAAGAUAUAUGGUUUAUUUUUGUGUGGAUGAUUUACAAUGAAUCCCUCAAACCAUGGCAGCAACCUACACCAACUUUGCAAACCUUCCAUUCUCACGUUUAGUUAAACACAAAAUUGUUCCAUCAAGAAUUACCAACACUUUAGAAGAAAACAAAGAAACACAGCAAUCUUCCGCAGGAAAAGUGAAGAGACUUGUUCUUAGCCAACAAGGCAGAACCAAACUCAACACAUACUCGGACAGAGAAUUUUACUCAUCUCCAAGAUUAGUGACUCAUGUUGAUGAUACCUUCAUUUCAACAUUGACUCAUCUUUAUAAACAAAGACUAAGAUGUGGCUCAGAAAUUCUGGAUCUUAUGAGUUCUUGGGUCAGCCAUUUACCUAAAGAUGUGGAGUAUAAAAGAGUGGUGGGGCAUGGGCUUAAUGCACAGGAACUUGCCAAGAACCCUAGGCUGGAUUAUUUUAUUGUGAAAAAUCUGAAUGAGGAGCAGAAGCUGGAGUUUCAAAGUGCUAGCUUUGAUGCGGUCAUAUGCACUGUAAGCGUGCAGUAUCUUCAACAGCCUGAGAAGGUAUUUGCAGAGGUUUUUCGAGUUCUGAGGCCUGGAGGGGUGUACAUUGUAAGUUUUAGCAAUCGAAUGUUCUACGAGAAAGCCAUAGGAGCUUGGAGAGAUGGGACUGCAUUCAGUCGGACACAGCUCGUAAUGCAAUACUUCCAAUGUAUCGAAGGAUUUACUCAACCAGAGAUUGUUCGGAAACUACCACCUGCUCAGGAGGAUAAGUCACCCUUCAAAUGGUUGAUGACAUUUCUGGCGUUGUCUGGAUCAGACCCUUUCUAUGCUGUUAUAGCUUACAAGAACUUCAAACCUGUGUAUGACUGACCCCCUGUGAGAGCUAUUCAUGAGCAGCAUGUAAUACUAUAUCUGUUUAAUAGUAGAGAUUACAGUGUGUAUUUGACCAAACAAAUUGAUUAGUUCGAGAAUAAAAUUUGAGGAAAGAAAACACAAUAAUUUACAUCA